UAAACGUUAAUUUAGAGAUAAAAAUUAAUCAGGCGUUUUUAUUAUUAAUUAAAAACGUUAAUUACUCUACAAAACAUAAAAGGCGAUGCAUAUAAAUUUUUAUGAGCUUUAUUGAUCAAACGCGAUCAUGUGACACAAACAGAAAAAUGGUGUCCUAAGUUGACGUGUAUUUACAUUUACGAAAAUGUAAAAGGCACCUGUUGGCAGGGUAACCAAACUGUCUCUUCUGGACAAAUGCAAAAACUAUGGAUGACUCGGCAGAGUCAAAGGACGAUGCUGAUAAAGAAAUUUUAGGAAAUUCUAACUCAUCCUUGGAUCUAAAGAAAGUAAAACCACCCAAUAAGAAAAAACAUGAAGAUGAGGUGGAAAGUCUACAGAACAUCAUUAAAGAGAAAGAAACUCUUCUUAGAUCUCUAACUGCAGAAAACUUCCAGAAUUUUUUGAAGGCUACCAGAGCAGAAAAACUGGCUGUGAUUGAGAAACUGAAGAAAAUUGAUACUGAUCUCAAGGCAUUCUCUCAACAGAUUACAAAGAAGAAAGGUAUACAAGACCAGUUACAGUCCAGACUACAUUACAGAAGUGACGUGAAAAUAGAUGAUGCAAUAAGACGAUUAGAAUGGCAGUUAAAGAUUCAGAACUUCAAAAUGACAGAGGAGAAGAAAAUCGUAGCAGAAAUAGACAGUCUCAAAAGAUCAAAGAAAGACCUCAGUCAGUUUUUAGCAGCAAAGAAAGAAGUGGAUGAAAUAAGAGAAAGACAGCGGAGAAUGAGAGAAGAAAGAGAUAGAUAUCAAAAGAAUGUGAACCAGCUCAGGAACAAAGAAGACGAAACAAAGAAAUUAUUAGAAGAGAAAAAGAGCAAGUUAUAUGUAUUGAAGAAAGAGAUUGACAAAUUGUACACAAGAAAACGUCACAUGAUCCAUGAAUUCAAGCAGCAUGAAAAAGAAUACAAUGAGGUCAAAGACGAAAUGAAGAAACAAAAGAAACGUGACAGUUUUAAACGGAAAGAAGAAAGCAAAUCUCAUAUGGAGGCUUUCCAGAAUGAUAUUGAAGAGUACGGGUUACAGAAAGAGCCAUAUGAAGAUGAAAUCAAACUAUGUAAUACAUUGAUAAAUUACCUGCAGAAAUUCCAGGUUGCAGAGGAUGAGGUGGAAGAACCAUCUAAAAAUACAGGUGUAGUUGAUGAAUUAGAUGAUGGCAAGUAUAUAUUACUGAAAAAGACAGAAGAUACUGAUUAUUCCAGUGUACGUCCAACCAGAAGACGAUCAAGUAAAAAGGGCAAGAAAUUUAGUGUUACAAAGCCAAUAACACAUGCACCACAGAUUUUCUCCCAGUUUGCCUCGUUGAUGUUAAAUGCACCUUCAACCAUUCCAGAAAUAAUCGUUUCCUUAGAACAGGUCCAAGCUAGAAAGACCUUUUAUGAAGAAGGUGGACCAAUUCUGACACAGCGUAUGGUGACUCCAAGUAUAGAGGAACAUAGUGCAAGUGAGACGGGGAUAUCUGCCACAGAAUCAGCCAUGUGUGAAAUGUCUCGACAGGUCAGCAAUACGGAGAGUAACGAGAACCCAGAAGACUCAUUCUUUGUGUUAGACGAACUUGUAAAAUUGUCUGGAAAUGAUGACAACUUAUCUGACAAGUCAGAAGACACACUGGCACGUAGUAAUUCUGAUUCCACAGACCGAGGUCAUUCUGAUGUUGAUAAUUCCGAACUGUCUCCCGAAAGUUGUAAAAGCUCUGAUGUUUCUGAAUGUGAAAGCACAGUUAUAUCUUCUGAGUCACUUAAGAACCAAUUGGCGAAUGGUACGAAUCUUAAGACCAGUUCUAAUUCAGUUCCAAAAACAAGUUCAGAAUCGAUUCAAAGAUCCACUGGCAGUCCUAUAGACAGCCGUUCUAACGAGGACCAGACACAAAACAUUCCAAAAGUAGAUGCAUGGACAAUUCCCAGAUCUAUUAUGUUGGCAGAACCAGAAAGUCAAAAUUCUAAAUCAGGAACAAUCCAAAAUUUGUCUAAAACAGAUUCCAUACAAUUUGUAAAAAAAGAAAGGAUAAAAUCUGAAAAUACAAAAUUACCUUUAUUUCAUGAUGCAGAAUUUCCUACCUUAAAAAAAGACAUGUACAAAAAACCAAAUGUGAUCGAUAAUGAAUUUGAACAUUUGACAGAGUUUGACCAAAAUGCCCUAAGAGAUAUAGACUCUAACAUAUUUGAUCAAACCCCAAAAAAUUAUAACACAAGUUGUAAGACCGACUCUGUUAUAGACGAUGACUCUGUCAGACAAAGUGACUUCAUUGGAAAUAGAAAAUAUAAGGACCAUAUAUGUAGACAGAGUGAUAGUUUUGUUGUAAUAGAUGAUAAUUCAAAUAUCCAUGACCUUGCUGAAGGCUCAAAUGGCGACCAUAAAACUAUAGUUAAUGAUUAUUGUAAUACACAGGAUAGAAAUAUUAUAUUUUCAACACAUUUGUAAUACACAGGACAGACAUAUGCAUGUGUAUUACACAGGACACAUAUUCUAUUUUCAACACAUUUGUUAUACACAUGAUAGGCAUAUUCUUUUGUCAACACAUUUGUAAUAAACAGGAUAGACAUAAUUUUCUAUUUUCAACACAUUUGUAACAUUUGUAAUACAAAUGUACAGGAUAGGCAUAUUUUUUUGUCAACUGAUUUGUUAUUUGUACAAUGUAGGGUUGUUCUGAAGAGUUUGUUUAUCCUUCUUUAAAUGGAGAUGGAAUAUCUGAAUAUCAGAAUCUGUUCGCAUGAAGUAAAUACACAGAGGCAUACAUUGGGUUUUUGUAGCAAAAUCUUUUUUUGUGUGUGUUACACAUAUAGUUUUACUGACUUUUCAAAUUUUUUUUACAUAGAUUGUUUUAACAGGUAUUUUAUUUUACUAAUUAGAUUACAAUUUACAGAAAGUAGUGCUAUUAUUUUAACUGUGAUUUUCUAUAGAUUUGGCACCCUCCUUUUAAAAAUGGCUGGAUCCGCCCCUGUGAAGAAAUUUUUUAUUAUGUCAAUCAAUCCACUGGAAACACUUGAAGUCCAAUUCAGUGCACCUUUCUUAAUUUGCUAAUACAACUAUCAAGUAUUUAGCCAUUUUCUCCACAUCAGAUUUGGUGUUUUGGAAACUCUUCAGUGAUGACUUUACCAAAACAAUCUAGUGAUGUAUGUCCUGAACUUACAAUCAAUUUAUUGAUAGUUGGAUUUUCUAUGAGAGAGCUACAACGUUGUAAUUUGUUUUUGAUAUCAUUGUAUGCUUCCCCUCUCAUCUCAAAUAAAAUAAUAGAAAAUGAAUAUAUAGAAAUUCAAGCUUAAUCAUUGAAAUUUAAAUUGUAAGAAAUUUAUAUUUAUAAGAAUGUUAUUUAUUUAUUUUUUUGACCAAUUGAAAUAUUUUGUAUAAAAGUUAAUAUUAAAACUGUAAUUGCUAUAAAUAGAAAUGAUGAAAUACAUUUGUUUUGAAAUCAAAUUAUAAUGGUUUGUUACACUUACAAAGUAACAAGAUUCUUUUAAUAAUGGUGUGUUUUAUUUUUAAUCUUUCACAUUGAUGCGUAAAAAGACAUUUUGUUUUACCAUGUAUGUUAGAGAAGAAAUAUUCAUGUUAAUUUUCAUAGAAAGUAGCAAAAAUAUAUUACUCUUUAAAAUGAAUUAGUUUUAUAUACCAUUUUGUAUUUAAACUAUUUCCCCAUGACAUUUCAUAUAUGAGGGUUUGAAUGGGAAUACCAGAAUAGAGAAUAUAGAGUGGGAUAAAUGUGCAGAAUAA